AGCUGAGCUUCAUGAAAGGAAUGACUGUGUCUUUACAAACACACCAUGUGAAUCUGCCUGUAGACAGGGCCAAGGACUGACACACGGGGAGGUGCUGGAAGAGGCUAUCAGUUCUAGAAAAUGGUAUUAAUUGGCAGAGACUUUUGCUCAGCGAAGGCCGUAUUAAAUUCCUGACCUUAGAGAGAAAGAACAAAGACUUAAUAGAAAUAUGAACGGUGAUUUGUUACAUAAAAGAAAAAAAAAAAGAGGGGGGGUACAUAGUAGAGAGGGACAUGGGGAUGGGGAUUCGGGAAGUCUGUACCUUGCGAGAAUCUCGGCCCAUGGGGAAAGCGAGAGGGUGAUGUGGAUGGGAAAUUGGGACAAAAACGGGGCUGUGUCCCUCAACCAUUUGAAAGAUCCCAUUCCCUUCAUUUCAGCGAGGUGACAGGACGCCUCUGCCUUCUCUUUGAACACAAACCCCUGGAGCUGUGAAUUCUCCAACACAUUCAUUAUACUCCAAGCCUCCCAAGCCGACCUUCCCCACGCCGUCCACGCCGCAGGGCCCAUCCUUAGUAAGAGCAGGGAGCCGAAAGUUUGGGCGGUCACCCUCAGGUGGCACGACACGAACACCUCCGGUGUGAGGAGGCGAGGCCGCCGCUGCGCAGCGGCGCGGGGAGGCCCGGCCGCGCGGGGAGCCGCGGGCCGGCCCGGGGAGCCGGGGCAGCGCUGCCGAGCGCCGGGCCCCGCUGCUGCUGCGGGAGGAGGUGUAAUGUUUUGCUGUCAGGAUGAGGAGCAGGAUCCCUGUCAUCCUCCUGGCCUGUGGCUCCUUUAACCCCACCACCAACAUGCACAUGCGUUUGUUUGAGCUGGCCAGAGACCACCUGCACCAGACAGGAAGAUACCAGGUGAUUGAAGGCAUAAUGUCUCCUGUCAGUGAUAAGUAUGGGAAGAAAGGCUUGGUGUCAGCAAGGCACCGGGUGGCGAUGGCCAAACUGGCCCUGGAGACGUCUGACUGGAUCCGGGUGGAUCCCUGGGAGAGCGAGCAGAACACAUGGACAGAGACAGUGAAAGUGUUAAGGCACCAUUAUAAAGAAGCACUCGGAGCAUUCCAGUCCAAAGAGUUCAUGAGAAACAAACAUCCCACAGAAAGCUCUGCGGAGGAUACCCUUUCUUGCCAGCAACCAGUUCUACCAGAAGUAAAGCUGCUCUGUGGGGCUGAUUUUCUUCAGACGUUUAAGACUCCCAAUCUUUGGAAGGAAGAAGACAUCAAAGAAAUAGUGGAAAAGUUUGGUUUGGUCUGCAUUAGCCGGGCUGGCUCUGAUCCAGUGCAGUUCAUCCAGGAAUCAGACCUUCUAUCUGAAUUUCAGCACAAUAUUUUUCUGGUGAGAGAGUGGAUCCAGAAUGAAGUCAGCGCGACGCAGAUCCGCUCUGCGCUGUGCAGAGGGCUGAGUGUGAAGUAUCUCAUCCCAGACUCUGUCAUUGCCUACAUCACACAGCACAACGUCUACACGGCGGAGAGCGAGCGCAGGAACGAAGGGCACCUGCUGCAGCCUCUGCAAAGCACAACAACAAACCCUCUGAGGGACUGAUUUCUGCACACUGGGCCGCGUCACUCCACCAGCUUUGUCAUGUAGAUUUCUUGAGAAAGUUGUUCCUUACUAAUAUUUAAAGGAAAGUCCAAAAUUUCUUGAAAUCCUGUGGUGUUUAAAUCCAUGCAUCUGUGUGUGGUAGUGCUCAGGAAGAUUGGGAUGCUCAGCUGUAUAGCUUAAAAUACGCAAAGAACAGCUUCCUUGUGAAAAUAAAAGAAAGGAGAUCUUUACAAUAAAUAUUCUUAGUAUUUCAAUCGUUUCAAUAAGUCAAUAAAUAUGACUUAAGGGUCAAACACAGUACUUUUCUAACUUGUAGUUCAGCAAUUCUGACUGUUUUAAAACAGCAAAAUACAAUGAACCAUAACUUGAGAGAGAGGUUUGUUUAAAUAUAUAUUCCUUCUAAACUUUGACUAUAAGACCCUGAAUAACUUUUUUGAUUUUUGGCAAUUUGGCCAAGAGAUGGAAAUCAAUCUUUUCUUUCAUGCAAGCACUUAAAAAUUCAUGUGCUACUUCUGCCGCUUCUAAGGCUCUGGGUUCUCAAAUGACAAACAGUCCUCAUCCCCACAUUUAAAGUGGGUUUCUUUUCUUCUCUGAUCCAGAGUCUUCUUAAGAGCAAGCAAUUGCCAAAGCCCCAGAGUAGAUCAAAUACCCAGUAAGGGCUUCAGUUGUACCAUAUGCAAACAUCUGAGAGGCUCAGUGGGUACUUGAGCUCUGAUGUUAGCAGGGAAAGUGCAUGCUCCUCUGUGUUGGUUGCCUGUUACACUGACUCAGUGUCUCUCAUUUCUGACAGGAGUCACUUUCAGAGAAUACAGAACUCUAUAAAGUGCUCCCUGUGUGUUUCAGAGUUCCUUAACUGAAAGCAUUUGUGCAGCAGUGAUGUAGCAUUUAUCACUGUACAGAGUAACCACUGCUUCCCAAUUUCCACCUGACUGGUCCUCCUGAGCCCCCAGCUGGCCAAGCAGCUUCCACUGGUGGUUCUCUAGUAGUCAGGAGCUUGUGGAACAAGUCAAAGGAAUACCAGACACAAAUGGCUUUGACUGAAAGGGUCUGUAUGAUUGUUUUCUUGAAAGAAAGCAUAAAAUAGCUGAAACCUAUUCAAGAAAGAAGAUUUUGGCUCAAAGAACCACAAGAUAAGCACUUUUAUAGCUUUGGCUAAUAUUCUAAACUAAAGCUAUUUGAAAGUUGGUUUUUUUUCUGAGUGGCAUGAAGAAUGAAGAGUAAUAUGGUUAAAUGGUUACAGAAGUGAUAAGAAAACUGAAUAUUUCAUUCAUUUUAAAUCGAGUCAUCCUGCUGUCAUUAGAAAUCUCAGCAUUUCAGCCGUGGGGAAGGAUCUUAAGGCAGUACUUGAACAAUAAUCGGAUUAGAAGGGCUUGCAUAGCUCCGUGGUCUAAAAAAGAGAUAAAAGAAACCAGGGUUCAAACUUGCCACAAAGCAAGGCAGUGAGUUGUGUGGUGCAGAAUCAACCCACAGCUCUGAGCCUGUGAUUUUGACAAUCAGCUGAAGCAGGGAUGCCUGCAGACUUCAAUGGGUACUGGAAAAUGGUCAGCAAUGACAAUUUUGAGGAGUAUCUGAAAGCACUGGGUAAGGUUCUCUUCAAACUUCUUGAAUGAAUAAUCAAUAAAUGACACCUGUCUUAUUCUUUA